CCAAAAUGGUUACAAAUUCCGGAAUUCAAACUACUCCACUACCAACCUUAAUCUUGUGUUUUAUUAUUUCCAUAAUCAUAUCUCAUAUUGUGGCAGAUUCACAAGUUGGUUAUGGCUACACAAUCACAACUGUUACAAAUAACCCCACAUCAAACUCUUUGACUGCUAACCUUAAACUCAUCAAAUCCUCUUCUGUUUUUGGAACACACAUUCCAUUCCUUAACCUCACUGCCAGUUUUGAGACAAAGGAUAUAUUAAGAGUAAGGAUCACUGAUUCAAAUAAUCAAAGAUGGGAAAUUCCACAACAAGUGAUUCCUAGAGACUCGUCAUCUCUAUCUCACUCUUUUCUCUUCCAAAAUACUCAAAACGCAAAACACAUACUCACACAUCCAAAUUCAGACCUUAUCUUCACACUCCACAACACAACCCCGUUUGGUUUCACCAUCUCACGCAAAUCCAACAAAAAUAUAAUCUUUAAUACUUUACCACAAAACCAUAAUAUAAAUUUGUAGAUAGUUUUUAUAUUAAUAAUAUUGUUUUUUUCUUUAGUUGUUUAAUUUUUAUAAAAAAUUAUUCAUACAAAAUUAACUCUUAAAAAAAUAACAAUAUUAUAUCGAAAUGAUAUUUUUAAUAAUGAAAUUAAUUUAUAUUAAUUAAAAUUAAAUUUUUAAAUAUUAAAAUUAAUUAAUAUAAUAUAAAACGUUAAAACAUCAAAUAAUAUUAAAAAAAAGAAAGAAAAAAAGGGCUUCACCAGUUGGUCCAUCAGAUGGACGAGCCCGUGGUAAAAAUGUGGCACUUUCCUAAAAAAAAAUCAAUUCGUGGCAAAUUGGUAUUUUCUUUUCAACUGAGUGGCAAUUGUGUAAAAAAAUCUCCAACAUUUGUGUUUUUAUAACUAAAGCAUCAUUUCAAGUAAUAUCUCAUUUCCAAUUUAAACCACACCAUACACACUACAUGUAUACUUACAUAAUAGCAAGUAAAUAUAUUAUUGGAACAAGUUCCAAUUGCC